GCCCUCUCCCCCGCCCCGCCGCGCUAGAGCCUGGGGUCUCGGCAACUUCCGGCGGCGGGAGCUGCAGAGCGCGAGGCGCGCCCACUGCGCGUGCGCUUUGGCCCGGCUCCUCCUGCGCCCCCGGCCCCUGCGACUGGGACUUGGUACGGCCGGACGGUUGGCGUCCUCUGCGGCUCCUGCCAGGGGCGGGCUUUUCAAAUCUUCCCUUUGAAGGAGUGGCGACGGCCCGGACAGUUCGCGUUGGAGAUGGAGGGGCCGAGCCUGAGGGGUCCUGCGCUCGGCCUUGCGGGGCUUCCCACCCAGCAGGACUGCAACAUUCAAGAAAAAAUAGACUUAGAAAUUCGAAUGCGAGAAGGAAUAUGGAAACUCCUUUCUCUGAGCACUCAGAAAGAUCAAGUUUUACAUGCAGUUAAGAAUCUCAUGGUGUGCAAUGCUCGACUAAUGGCCUAUACAUCGGAGCUACAGAAAUUAGAAGAACAGAUUGCAAAUCAGACUGGAAGAUGUGAUGUGAAAUUUGAAAGUAAAGAACGAACAGCAUGUAAAGGAAAGAUUGCCAUAUCAGAUAUUCGAAUACCACUAAUGUGGAAAGACUCUGAUCACUUCAGCAAUAAAGAACGAUCACAACGCUAUGCCAUUUUUUGUUUAUUCAAAAUGGGAGCUAAUGUGUUUGAUACUGAUGUGGUGAAUGUGGAUAAAACAAUCACAGAUAUAUGUUUUGAAAAUGUAACCAUAUUUAAUGAAGCAGGGCCAGACUUUCAGAUAAAGGUGGAAGUAUAUAGUUGCUGUACAGAAGAAUCUUCUAUAACCAACACACCAAAAAAGCUAGCUAAGAAACUCAAGACAUCUAUAAGUAAAGCUACAGGAAAGAAAAUAAGUUCAGUGCUUCAAGAAGAGGAUCAUGAAAUGUGCUUGCUCCUCAGCUCUGCUGUUUUUGGUGUAAAGUAUAAUUUGCUAGCUCACACUACCCUAACCUUGGAAAGUGCUGAGGAUAGUUUCAAGACCCAUAAUCUGUCUAUUAAUGGAAAUGAGGAGUCUUCAUUUUGGCUUCCCCUGUAUGGCAACAUGUGCUGCCGACUAGUUGCCCAGCCAGCUUGUAUGGCUGAGGAUGCAUUUGCAGGAUUUCUUAAUCAGCAGCAAAUGGUGGAAGGUCUGAUUAGUUGGAGAAGGUUGUAUUGUGUUUUGCGAGGAGGUAAACUCUAUUGUUUUUACAGUCCAAAGGAAAUUGAAGCUAAAGUGGAACCAGCUUUGGUAGUACCCAUUAACAAGGAAACCAGAAUCCGGGCAAUGGAUAAGGAUGCCAAGAAAAGAAUCCAUAAUUUCUCUGUCAUCAAUCCUGUUCCUGGACAAGCUAUAACUCAGAUUUUUGCAGUUGACAAUAGAGAAGAUCUUCAGAAGUGGAUGGAAGCCUUCUGGCAGCAUUUCUUUGAUCUUAGCCAAUGGAAGCACUGUUGUGAAGAACUUAUGAAAAUUGAGAUUAUGUCACCACGGAAACCACCUUUGUUCUUGACAAAAGAGGCAACCUCAGUCUACCAUGAUAUGAGCAUUGAUUCACCUAUGAAACUUGAAAGUUUAACGGAUAUAAUACAAAAAAAAAUUGAAGAGACAAAUGGGCAGUUCCUUAUUGGUCAGCAUGAAGAAUCCUUACCACCUCCUUGGGCCACACUCUUUGAUGGUAACCAUCAAAUGGUCAUCCAGAAAAAGGUACUGUCUCCUGCGAGUAAGCCCUUACAUGAUGAAAAAGGGAAAAAGAGACAAGCUCCCCUUCCUCCUCCUGAUAAACUUCCAUUCAGCUUAAAAUCACAGAGUAACACAGAUCAAUUGGUUAAGGACAACUGGGGAAAAACAAGUGUAUCUCAGACAUCGUCUUUGGAUACCAAACUAUCAACUCUAAUGCAUCACUUACAGAAACCAAUGGCUGCUCCUCGAAAACUUCUCCCUGCAAGGAAAAAUAGAUUAAGUGAUGGUGAGCACACAGACACUAAAACCAAUUUUGAAGCCAAGCCAGUGCCAGCUCCAAGGCAGAAAUCCAUCAAAGACAUUCUGGACCCUAGAUCAUGGCUACAGGCACAAGUAUAGAAAACUCUUAAUGAUAAAACAUUGAACAAAAUCUAUAACUGUGAAGCUUAAUUCAGAGGCAUUAUAGAAUAAUAUGUAAUUAUAUAGAUAAAUAUAGUGAUUUAUACCAAUAAUUAAUAAGCUAUUAGGUAUAGAAAAACAUUUUAUAAUGAAGAAGUGGAUUUCUCUUUUACUCCUGAUUUGCAGAAUGUAAGUGAUUUCUCCAGCAGUGUGCAAGAGGCAGUUUCUAGACAAUAUCCUAAUUGUUGGAAGGGUUAAUUUAUUCCUGAAUUAGUACCAGGCAGUGAAUAAGCCCUAGGCAGAAUAAAGCAUUAAAAUUUCUUUUGGGGAGAGACUGUCUAGUAAUUUAAAAUGUGUUAAAUAUGAGCCAUAUUCUCAUUGUGAGAAUUUUAAUACUAAUGGAAUGUUUCAAAGGUUUUAUUCAAACCACAAAUUAUAGAAUCCACCCAAGAAAAUUUUCUUCUUAGCAUUCUGGAAUUCUCAUCUAAUGGUUCACUGGCUCUCAUCUAUUGUUUAACUCACUAGUUUAUAGGCCUGACCUUUUAAAUUCCUGGGAUAAAUUUUAGAAUAUUAAAUUCUUCAUCUUGAAAGGGAAUUUGUAAUGUGCUAUUCAAACUUGUUUCCUUGAUGAGCCCUGAAAUACUGUUGACGUUAACUUUCAUAAAUGAAGCAUAACACUUACUAGUUUAGAGAAAUGGUAGAUGAAAUGCUCUUUACAUUCAAUUUUCUGUGUGUGGUGCUAAUUUCCAUUGUGACUUUGGAAUUUAGGGAAGUGAGUAGCUGAUCAACACCUUAAAAUUCAUUUAAUACUUAUUUAAAAAGAAGAUGAGAGAUUCAAAAAUAUCAGAAAAAUUGGCCAUGGUAAAUAAUUUUCAGAAUUCUUUUUUAAAAUUUUAAUUAGAUUUCCUUUUCCUAGUAAGAGUUGAUGUCUGCUAGCGGUAUUUUUCAUUAAAUGUCAUAUUCUUACAACAAUGACAUUGGAAUCAUUUCCAUAGGAGGUAAUUUCCAUAGCAACUAAUCAUAGUGACCCAAACAGGAUUAUAAAGUCAAGUGAGGAAUAAAUAGCAGAAAAAUACCUUAAAGGAACAAAAAAUCCAUUUUUUAUAAUAAUGCUUUUUGUAAACAAGAGCAGAACAGUUUUAAAAAUCUAAUUAGAAUUUCCAAAUAAAACAGUUUCCAUAAGGUGUCAGCAACAGCACUAAAAAUCUCAAAUCACACUGAACCCUAAAUGUCAUUGCAAGAAAUAAAAAUUUAAGAAUUAAAUUGCUGCCCUGUGUAUAAUCUCUUGAGAUCUUUUUAAAGCUAGCAAGAACUCUAUUUGGAUCAGAACUACAUUAUUACAAAACAAAAUGAACACUUGACCAAAAAACCACAUUAAUUUAAAUGGAGCCUUUCAUUAUUUUCAGAUAGCAGAGUCUUUUUCAUUUAUAGAGAAUGAUGUAACUGCCAGGACACUUUUGUGUUUGCCCAGGACUCCUAGUAAGAAUUGAAUCUUGAGGGAGUAAUGAUAACAAAAGGUUUCUUGUGACUGGUAACACCAGGACAGACACAGUUUUUGGUGAGAAGAAAAUACUAUAUGCCUGCUUGAUAGCAUGUAGAGAUCAUCACAUGUAUGGAAACCUUAAAAAGUAGACUUAUUUUUUCUAACUAGAAGGCUCUCAUAAGUUUCUGUUAUGGUUGCCAUUUCAAUAAAUGACAUUAAAAAUCUAAAGGAUAUUAUUGUUUGAAAUUUUGGGUUAUUUUUUAAAACUUCAUUGCUGUUUUUGACAGCAUUUGUGACUGUCAUUGCCACUAAAUUAUUGAGCUAGAAGAUGCUGCAGGGAAAAUUGUUUUGAAGCUGGCAUCUAAGCAUUCUUUUUUUUUCCUAGUUGAUGCCUUCCUUUAUUACAAGUCAGUAUUAAAACUUCCAGAUUAUAUUCUUGUCAUUUUUCCUCAUGCAGAUAACAGCAGGAAGGACUUAAGGUGUAUAAGAAAAAGAAAGUAUUCAUACAGAAAUUACCUAGCAGUUGUGCCCUCAGAGCAGAACUUUGAAACAGGACUGAAGCCCUUUUUACCUAGAACCAUUUAAAAGCCUGAGCAAGGACCACCACGCCCUCCCCACCAAAUUAUUCGGUCUCUUUCUGGGGGGCCCAGCUUACUGUAUGUUACAAGUCUUUGAAAUGGGUCUGGUGUCUUCAGCUCCUGAAAUGCUAAUUUACCCCUUACCUAAGGAGUGUAGUUAUAAUACAAAGUUGGUUUCCUUCCUUCCUUCCUUCCUUCCUUCCUUCCUUCCUUCCCUCCCUCCCUCCCUCCCUCCUUCCCUCCUUCCCUCCUUCCCUCCUUCCUUCCUUUUUGUCUUCGUUUCUUUCUCUGGCCCCCUCUCCUCUCUCUCUGUCUCAUCCCCUUUUCCCACUUUCCUUCUGUCUCUCCUUCCUCCCUUCCUUUACAGUUUAAAAAAAAAAAUCUAAAAAUAGUUAAGCACUGUGUCAAAGAGUGUUUCAAAAGAAUCGUUUGUUUUCUCAUUUCUUAAACCAGAAGUUUAUGACAAAUAAAUAUGCCAUGUAAUACGAAAACUGCUUCAGCUUUUUAUGAGCUUUUACAUUCCUUGUUUGUCCUUUUAAUUUGUUUCUUGAUAUAUGAAGACUAUAAACUUGAAACAAAGAGUUAGCUGUCAGCUCUUGAUAAUAUAAUUGGGGAAAUAGAAUAGAUAUUUUAUGAUAUGAUAAUUCUGAUGAUCUAAAGAUAAUGUCUUAGACAAUUACCUUUACAUUUCAAGCUCUGGGAUAUAAAUUACGUAGUCAGCAUUAAGAUAGUAUUAUUUUUAAUUGCUACUAAGUGGUAACUUUUGUAUUUUAAUAUCUUGCAAGGGCAAAGAAAGCAUUUUUAAAAUUCUAAAUGCACACCUCCUAAGGUAAAUAGUCUUUCAAAAAUAUCAGGCAUGCCAACUCUUGCUGAGUUUUGUUAAAUCCUCCUUAACUGUCUGCAGUGCCCCCUGACUUCUUUUAAAUGGAUGUGAAUAUAUGUGGAAAACUAAAUCCAUUUAUUAUAAAUGCCUUAUCUUUACCCUUUGGGAUCUUACUAAAUGCAUUUUACCUGCUACUAUUUAUUAAAAAUGGAAGCUGUCUUGAAUUAGAGAUACCUCACGUAAGGUAGGUUAAGCAGUCAAGUAUUUCUUUAGGCUUAUGUUCAGCACCUCAGCCACCUACUGAGAAGUUAAUUAAUUCAGUCCAAAAUGAAAUUAUAGGGCAGUUUGGUGCAAUUUAUGUUAAAUGCCAUUUGAAUGUAAUCACCUGUGUUACCACGAAUGAGGCACAACUAUACUACAUGGACAGAAUGCUGCAUUGCACCAUGAGCAAGAACUGCUCUGCAAGAAAAAUAUCUGUCCCUGUGGUCUGAAUUUAUCAAAACUCAUUUUCUUGUUAAAGAGUGAAUUAUUGAAUAGUAAUUAAACUUUAACUGAUGACCAUUUAUAUUCUAGUAGCUAUCUUCACUGUUAGUCUUAAAUUAUAAUGUAAAGUUGACAUUUUCCCCUUACAUUUCAAAGGCAUCACUAUUUUUAAAUGUUUACAUAUGUUUACAUGUUUGUGUGCAACUGCUUCACUGCUAUUAAUAGUUACAUGAAAUCUGCUUAUUCUGGAUCAUAGAUGUUCUUAGUUAACUCUGGGAAAGAUGUUACCUUUGGGUUUUUAAAAGACAAGUCAUCAUUUGAAAAUAUAUUAGGGUGUGUUAUUUUCCGACAUGCUUGUGUAACUGGCUUUGUUUAUAAUUUUUAUUUUUUAAUAUGGGUCAGACUUUUGGAUUAAAAAGUAUUAUAUCAUGGACAUACAUUUUUUAAAGUACCAAAGGUAUUUGGUAAGCAAGCCCAAGUCAUGUAAUUGAAACUUCUAUACAUUAAAAGAACUGAUUCAUGAAGACGUUUUCUAAAUUUUUCUCUUUAAGUGCUCCUCUAGACUAGACUGAUUGAAGUAGACAGUGUGGUGGAAUCAGUUUAAUCAGAAAAAGACAUACCAAGUAGCUGGUGCUAAUUAUUAUAAGACUAACAUUCUGAUAAGCCAUGGUAUAAUUAACAUUAUUAAAAUGUUUACAUAUAAUCCUUCUUAAAGUAUACUCUUUUAAAAAUCCAUUGACAUAACCUUACUUUUAGUUUAGUGAUCCAGAAUUUCCCCAGAGCUUAAGCCACUGCAGUAAAUUAGGUACCUAGGAUAUUCAGUCGCUACUAGCCACAAGGAGUCUCCUUAUUUUAAUGUACCUCCCUCAGUACUUUAUUCCCGCAGAGCGCCUCAGAGUGGGGGAGAGAAAUGAGUAAUCCUGGCUCAGUUGGAUUAUUUCAGCAUUGUAUUUCUAAAUCUGUAGUGUGAUCAGAAAUAUUUAAAAUUAAAAAAAAACUUUACGGAGAGAGGCCUACUAAUCAAUGUGCUUAGAGAAACAAACUACCUUUACAUUCAAUUAACAACAAAAAAAGUUACAGAAAUUUUAACAAACAUUUUUCUUUAUCUGAGUAUGGGAGAAAAUACUAAUGCUGACACAUUUAAUAAUUAGGAAAGAUCAUUCCAGAUCUUAUGGAAAAUUGUGUUUUAAAUUGCAGCAGUUUGCUUUUGAGACAUGGUAAUCUCUUAAUGUAACUACUAAAGGAGAGGUAGAUUGAAAAGAUCUUGUAUAUACAUAAUUAUGUCAGAUGGUUCAAGAUAUCAAAAUAAAUUGUUUUGUUGAAAAUGAAUACUUUUUGGUGUCUGGCUUAAAAAUAUUUUUAUAUUUUGUUUAUCUACUCAAAAUUAUGAACGGAUGCAUUUUUGUAGAACUUAAUCUUAAUAAACAUAUUUAACUGAA